AUUUAAGAAGACUGACAAAAAUUGGAAAGAUAAAUUACAAAAUCAAUAGAUAAAACAAAACGUUGAGGAAGAUAAAUCUAUCUUUUUCAUCAAGAUAAAGUGAUUUUGAAAUGCGAUCUUAUACGAUACAUAUGAUUCGAAAAAGGAAUAAUAUUUUGGCAACUCGUUCUGUAAACCAAACGUUUGUGAAGCACGCAAACACGAUGAGCAUAAUGCGUUUCGUUUUUGUUGUGAACAAUUUAAAUAAUUAUAUUAGCAUAUGAUAUAUACAAUCCAUCAGUGCUAAAUAAAAGUAAGUUUAAAUAAAAUAUUAAAUUAAAAAUAGCGUUAAAAGCUGCAUGUAAACAUUGAUAAAUAUUAAAAGCAAUCAUAUCGAAAAAAAUGUUUUUUAAAUAACAUUUUCCCUCCCUCUAAAUCACUAAACGCCGCUCUAUUAGCAUCAGAACGUGCAUAACGAGACGAAAAACGAUGUGGCUUGCAUAACGAAUGCAAUUAUUAGCCUCGCGCAAACUAACAUAAUUUUUAUUUCGCAUACACUUAAAUUGUGUACGAACCGUCAAUUAGCCAUUUGGCAAAAACCUCGUGCAAGAUUCACGUCCGGUGGUACGCUGGAGAAAUGAAGAAGUAAGUGUCCGACAUCGAAGUUAUUUACAUAAUAGGAUUAAAAUUAAGGAAAACGUGAUCGCAAAGUUAACCCGGGAAUAUUCUUUUUUUUUUGUAAACGAACAACUAACAGCUUAUGGUUUUAACAAAUCAGUAAAAAAAUUUGUGACGUUUGUAAACUUGAUUUUUUCGAUGCUAAAAUGUUAAAAGACAUCCCGGAUGACUAUUCUCGGAUUAAAAGAUAUAUGAUAAUACGUAACAAUGAAUAAAAACACUAUCUUUAUUAACGUACGUGAGUCGCUCGUCGAAAAAUAUUUUUUUUUCUUUGUUUCAUAUUUUCAGGGGCAAAAAUUGUUGCGCCCGGAACGAUCGUACCGCGCGGUAUUUGCAUGCGUGCGAAAACCAAUGAAGCGACCGCAAAAUCAAAACAACUCGCGAAAUAAAGAAGUGAACAAACAGACGUCGACGUAUGUUCUUUUUUUUUCCUUUUUUUUACCGACACAUCGAUCGUCUCGUGAAUCCCACAUAGGAAUUCCGAACAAUAUCCGCAGUAUCGUGAGCGCAUUCGAUGAAACUCUGGAAAUAUCAUUCCAGUAUCUAAACAUUGCAACUAUUUAUUUUACGGAACGCACUAUUUAUUUUACAAAACAAAUUUAAGUAUUGCCGUUACACAGCUUUUUCCUUCAGUGUUUUCCAAACUGCAAAUUACGUUACGGUGCUGGCUUUCUCGAUGUGGUACUUUAUGAAGUCAACACAUGUAUCAGGAGUAAGAAAUAUUACACACGGUGUAUCGAGGCAUAUACGAUCUAUCGGAUUUCCCAAGAGUAGCAAUACAGGGAUAUUCUUUGCUCUGGGAAUUCCUCUAGAUAUUCCAGACAAAUCUAUAGCAGUGUCAUUUUAUUUUGAAGCGAAUUAUGGAUUACCAUACGAAUGGAAUUCAAGUUACUUCCACGAAGAAAGUUAUUACGCAAAACGAAGUCUUAGUCGUCAAUUAGUAUAUAAGGUGCUCACAAGCAAAAUAGAGAGCCUAGGCUAUCCUGGACUGGAUUGUCUGCUGAGAAUGAUCUGCGAAGCUGAAAAGUACUCUUUAAACAAAAAUGGUGUGCUUGGCGACAUUCUUCAAAUCAUAUUCACACCCUCUAUGUCGACGAAUGAAGAUCUUCCAGAUGAGAUUAUAGAAGCCGAACGCGAGCAGCAUUGUGAUCAACGUUAUAAAAAAUGUCCUGUAAAUCUUUUAGAUCUAGUAAGCCAUUACAUCAACACUAAUUAAAUAACUUUGCUCAAUUACAUUGCAUUGAGACUUUGAGAGUAACUGGAAAGUUUAUUAAUUCAUACAGCCAAGUUCGUCGAAAGAAGAAGAGUAAUGUUUAUUUUAAACUUUAUCAGAGAUGAUACCUAUACAAGAUCUGUUAUGUUAAAUGAUAUUAGCAGAAAUCCAGCGGGUUUUGAUAUGCUGUAAAGAUGAAAUAACGGAAAAAAUUAAGAAAAUCUGCAACAAAACCUGGAACAGAUCGAUAACGAAAAUCAUAAUGUACAUAAUGUACAGAUAUCUUAAUUCAUUUCUAAGCAUAUGUUUUAUUGGAAAAAAAUAAUAUUUAUCAAUAUAUAAAUAUUAUAAUAAAUGUUGAAAUUAAAUUUUUACAAAUUUGAAAUCAAGUAUUAAACUUUUUCAAUCAAUAUAAAACAAAAUAAUUACAAAUAAAUACAAUAUAAUGAUAAUAGCAUUAAAGACUAUUAACAACAGUCGUAAUAGCAUAAUUAAAGCUUUCAACACAAAAUCUGAGUCUUCUAAAUACGGUUAUCUGUAAUGUACAGAAAUGCGUGUAACGUUAAGACAUAAAAUUUACUAAGCAUAUAAAUUGUUUUUUAAUAAUAAACUUUUUACCAUCAAUAU